CAAAUUUUCUGCAUAUUCCAAGACCAUGGCCGUCAAUAUCUUGGUAUUGGGUCUCACGGGCAUUCUCUCUAUCCCAGCUCUGACCAGCAUGUUCUCACCACCCGUUCCAGACAAGAUUCUCAUUAAUAUUGGAGUGGGUGCCAACAACAGUCAAGCGAAUAUCACCGAUCCGAACCUCGGAGGCAACACUCCCUCCGUGGCUCUAUUCGACGUCAACGGAGUUCAGCUCGGCUUUGCAGACGGAUCCGACUCCAGCAUUAUCGACGGAGGCACCACACAACUUUCAGUUGGCGGCGCUGAAGGCUCUUCAGCUUCCGAAACUCCUGAAUAUGUUCAACUCUAUGCGACUGGUGAUAACGCAAUAUGUAUAGCCUGGUUGACGACGACAUCGUCGGCAUCAGAUGGCGGCGACUUUCGCACAUGGAACGGAGCAACAGCUACCUUCUGCGGAUUACCUUGGUAUCCAAGCACAGCUCUAUUUCCCGGUGUCGAGACGCCAUAUACCCCGCCUUGUUUCUGGAUGAGCAGCGACGGUCGCUUCGUGGAUGGCUUCAGUGCUAGACUCACUGACUUCUUCUUUCCCGGAAAUUCUGGCCCUGCAAAUUCAACUUCCACGCAAUGGGCGGAGUUCCCAGAUACACUCUGUAAAGCUCCUGGUCGACAACAGUUCUACAAUAGUACCGGCUCGUGCAUCCCAUUCUACCCAUCGGGGCUGUCGAAAGUGAACGAUAAAGAUCCCGAAACAGGGUUCGACAUUGACUUUGAAGCAAUCGAGUCCAGCUUCACUAUGAGCUGCUCCAGUGCGGGCACACCCUUCAACAACAACGUUGAUCUAGGCCAGCCAGACGCGGGAGUUACUAUUGCCGACUUGCCAACUACCAGUGCUACUAUCGACACAAAUCCGAGCGUGACGAUACCUGCCGGUGUCACCCUCCAAAGCUCUCUCGAGCUAGGGAAUCUGAAGGUUCGUGAUGUUGUCUUAGAACCGCCGUCCAUCACGGCAGCGCCUGAGCCAAAGCCCAAGAGAAAGCGUACCGCGCCAAAGAAAGAGCCUGUUCUCAACAGACGCGUUGAAAAGAGAUCUGAGCAGCCGCACCAAUGGUGUGAAGAAAACAAGCUUGUGGUUAGUGACUUUGCUAGCCACAGUGCUAUUGAGGUGUGCGUAAGCGAAACGUCUUGGGGCCCGGAUUUUGUGUCUACUGUCGAAGCUAUCUUCUGCGACAUGUGCCAGCGUCGGACGUAUCCUCUGUGCGGCGAAAAUGGAAGCAAUAGCUCGUACAUGGCACCGAAUACGACGUCCACAACGACGUCCACAAUUGUAACGACCACUAUAACGGCAAGUUUGUUGUCAAGUACCUCAGCGAUUGGAUCGAGUGCAUCGAGUGCAUUGGCAAGCUCAUGGACAAACACUUCGUCAACUGCAUCAGAGCAGUCUGUGCAGAUAGCGGCGACAUCAUCUGCUGUUUCUAACGAGAUGAUGAGCACGAAGGUCAAUAGGGGAGAGACAAUUGAGAUUUGCUUUGAUCUAGAGAAGCAGCAGCUGAGAGCGCCUAAGAGACUUCGUCGCACUACAUUCGUUCCUGUAAAGGAGUACACUGACGUACAAUACUGGAGUUGA